GCCCCUCCGCUCAGCAGCUGCAGCCUGGCUUCCCAGCUGCCUCAGAUCCGUCUGGGGGGAGAAUCCCUGUCCAGGAUGCUGGAGAUGUGCCAGAGACCCCACGGCCUGCGCCCCGCUCCCCACCGUGUCGGGGGAAUCCUGUCCUGCUGCUGCCCAAGGGAAGCCUGGGAGCGGGGUUUGACGCUGAGGGUUAGACCGUUCCUCUUACAAGUCACCAGACGGAAGCCCAGCACGUACAACUCUGCCCGGAACCCGCGGAGCCCAGAGCACAGCCAGGGACCUGGUUCCGUGGGAGCAGAUGACGAACAGCAGGACAGGUGCCUGCACGGGCGUGUCUGCGGGAGCCCGAAGUCUGGAAGGCUGCCCUUGGAAUGGAACUCACAGAACACGAAACCAGCCCUCCUAGGGGCCGGGCCCCUGGCACGGAGACAGAAAGCACCCUGGACAGGGUCUCGCAGCGGAGCCACCCGCUUUUCCAGUCAAGAUCGUGGGCGUGCAUGUCCGGCGUGAGCAGACUGACCAGGGAACUGAGCCCAGUCUUCCGUGUCGACCCAGUGUCUCUGGAGCAGUGCGGCUCCGAGCUGGCCCGGAGAGUGUACGUCGCAGCAGCUUUGGCACACCGCAAAGCCGUGGUUGUCACCUCUGUCCUGUCCCGGCACAUCUCCAUCGUCCUGACAGAAAACCUUGCACCCCAAGCAGUCGCUCCUGGGCCCCGGGCGCCCCCCGGCCUGCUCCUGUCUGUGCCUUUGCCUGGCCUGGAUGGACCUGGCGGAGCUGCACGGCGGCGGCUGGCCUCCUGCAAGUGGCGGCUCCCCCGGCCCGUCCACGGUGCGGCGGGCAUCAGCACUCUCGCUCCUUUCUGUGCGGAAAGAACAGGACCCGUCGUCUGGCCGGCCACUUGUCAGCUCUCCGACACUUGCCUGCACUCUGUGCCAGGAGCGGCUGGACCUCUGGACGACGGAGGCGGACAGUGGCAGGGACUGGCUGCUGUUUUACCUGGUGGCUUGUUUGUUCUUAGACAGACGUUUUUGACAGGGUGUCACCUUUGCCCAGCCUCAGUUCGCAAGCACCAGACGUGCAUGCCAUUGCACCUGGCCCAUCCAGACUGGACCGGGGAUUGAACCCGGGCCUUCUUGCAGUCCCAGCCUUGCAUGGCAGCACCAGGGCCAGACAGGGUCCAUCUCUGCACUCGAUUCCAAGCCCCGGCCCAGCCCGCCACCUCAAGUGCUGGACCCCCUCAGAGCCUGCAAGAGGAAGAACCCAGUUUGAGAGUGUUGUCGUUACACGGGCCACGACAGCCGGCUAUGUGCUCGGGCUGUCAGGCCGUGGCCUGGUUUUCCUGUGGCACGAGCACACCAGGGUCAAUUGUUUUUUUCUAUUUUUUUCAGUUUUUGCUUUAGGGCCCCUGUGCUCACUGGAG